AUGCGUACCACGUUGGCAAAUGUUUGGCACCCCAUUGGAGGGAUAGCUAUCUCUGAACUGGGGAAGGGGCGAUAUCUUUUUCGCUUAUAUCAUGUAGUUGACGUUAACAGAAUUGAUAAGGAGGGUCCUUGGUAUUUUAAUACCCACCUACUGGUCCUACACAUGCUACAGGAGAAAGAAGAUCUGAUGCUAGUGUCGUUAAAUAUUGUUGAUUUCUGGGUGAGAAUUGUUGAUCUUCCGGAAGGGUUUGUUUCGGAAAGGAUGGCUAAGCUGUUCGGUAACUUUAUCAGUGAGUUUUUGGAGUAUGAUGCCUCUGAUGUUUCUCUAGGUUAUAAAGGUUGUAUUCAUUCGCGGGUGAGAAUUGAUGUUCGGCAACCUCUUAAAAGAAACAAAAAGCUCGCACUACCGAAUAGGAACCAUGUUUAUGCUGCUUUUCAAUACGAAAAACUACGCUUAUUUUGCUUCAUAUGCGAAAAGUCAGGCCACGGGGAAGGUUUCUGCCCCAUUCGUAUUCUUUAUGAGAAGCAGGAUUUCGUUUUUCAAUGGGAUAAUUCGUUGCAUGCCCCUCCGAGACAAAGAGGACAAUUAUAUAGCCCUGGCUAA